CCGGCUUUGCAGACACACGCGUCGGUCAUGAAGUUACCGGUGGCUCCAAUGUCGAGGAGGGCCCGGAACUUAGUUGUAGACGCACCAACGGCGGCAACGAUGAAUUUGAGGUGGAAACGAGAUGAGUUGGCGGUGGAGAUGAUGGUGUUGAGGCGGCGGUGUUCGUUGCCUAAGCGAACAAGCCGAUCGUGUCGGGCUUGUUCCUCAACAACAUCGGAGAAGGUGAUAGUGGAUGCAUUUGGGAGAAGGGUAGAGGAGCAUGAGGCAGUGGGAGGUGUUUGCGACGCCAGGGAAUCGUUCGGUGGAGGGGGCGUCGCCGGAGAGGGGGAAGGCAAACGAAUUGUCGAUGUCAGAUGGGCCAUCGGUGCGACGAAGGAUGUCACCGAUGGUGAUGGAGGUGGUGUCUUCGGGGGUGAUGUGGGGGAAAAAGCGGGUGCGGGAGGUGCCGGGGGGGGCCUGGUGGUGGGGGUGGAGGAGUCGAUCGUGGUGGAGCAUGCGAGAGAGGAGGUCAGCAAGGGGCAUGUCGGGUUCGUGGGCGAGGGCGGUUGCAAGGUCUUUGUGGCAUACUCGUUUGAUGCGGGWGAUGAAYGCACAGUCGGGAAUGACGGUGUGGGGGAGGUGGUGUCGGAGGGAGCGGACGUAUUGGACGAAGCGGUCCGUGGGACCGGUCUGGCGGAGGUGGCAGAAUUGUUCAAGGUAGUCGUCAAUGGUUUUCUGGGGGCGGAAGGUGGCAGUGAGGAAGGUGGCCCAUUGGAGGAAGGUGUAGCGUGGUCCUCCGGAGGCUCGGCGGUUGCUGGCUUCAGCCAUCCACCAUUUGGCUGCAUUGCAGAGGAGGCGAGAGGUGGCAAUGGGGAGCCAGUGGGCAAGGGGCAUGUGGUGGAGCUGAAAAGAGUUCUGAAGCUGGGUUAGGAAGAGGAAAACGUCCUCGUGGGGGAGGCCGGAGAAGGACAUGAUUUCGCCAGAUCG